UGACCUGCUGCGGAGACGCGGAAGGUGGUGCGCAUGCGCCGGGAGGGGGGGCGGCGGCGGCCGUUCCCCAGUACGUGCGCACGCGCGCUGUUGUCCCCUCCCAGCAUUCCGGGUGCCGGCGGAGCGUGUGACGUCAAGUGGUUUAAUCCGGAAACGGCGGCGACGGCAGAGGCGACAGAACCAAGGGGCUGUGGUUGGUGGGCGCUCCAGGGAGCCGAGCCAGAGGAGCGUGACCCGGAAGUGGAAGCGAACCCCCGUCCCAGCUCCGCGAGACUUGCCCCAGGCCCACCGGUGGGCUCCUGCGGCCAUGGACCUGUUGUUUGGGCGCCGGAAGACGCCAGAGGAGCUGCUGCGCCAGAACCAGCGCGCCCUGAAUCGUGCGAUGCGAGAGCUGGACCGUGAGCGACAGAAGCUAGAGACCCAGGAGAAGAAGAUCAUUGCAGACAUCAAGAAGAUGGCCAAGCAGGGCCAGAUGGAUGCGGUGCGCAUCAUGGCAAAAGACCUGGUGCGCACCCGGCGGUACGUGCGCAAGUUCGUGUUGAUGCGGGCCAACAUCCAGGCCGUGUCCCUCAAGAUCCAGACGCUCAAGUCUAACAACUCCAUGGCACAAGCCAUGAAGGGCGUCACCAAGGCCAUGGGCACCAUGAACAGACAGCUCAAGCUGCCCCAGAUCCAGAAGAUCAUGAUGGAGUUUGAGCGGCAGGCGGAGAUCAUGGACAUGAAGGAGGAGAUGAUGAACGAUGCCAUCGACGACGCCAUGGGGGACGAGGAGGACGAGGAGGAGAGCGAUGCCGUCGUGGCUCAGGUCCUGGAUGAGCUGGGGUUGAGCCUGACAGAUGAGCUGUCAAACCUCCCCUCCACCGGAGGUUCCCUCAGUGUGGCUGCCAGUGGGAAGAAGGCCGAGGCCGCAGCCUCGGCCCUAGUUGAUGCAGACGCAGAUCUGGAGGAGCGGCUCAAGAACCUUCGAAGGGACUGAUUGCUCCCUGUGCCACCCCAGGGAACCAGCAGAUGGCCCAGCAUUUUCACUGUACCUUCUGUAAUAAAAGAGAUUGAGCUCUA